AUGCAAGGUGCUGCCUCACUCAUGGACAACAUGCUCGCUCCACUCGGCUGCCUCCUCUUAGCUUCUCUUACAUAUGCCAAUGAAAUCACCGAACUGCGUAUGCCGGGUGCUGAACCCGUACUGAAUGAUUCCUAUCUGUGUACAUCGCUUCCGCUUGACAUCAACACUGAACACUACUUGCUUAGUUUCAAACCAUUCGCAACUAUGCAAAAAGCUCAUCAUAUGCUGUUAUUUGGCUGCGAUGAACCAGGCAGCGAUGAAGCUAUUUGGGAUUGCGGUGAAAUGACAAAUGCUGGACCAAGUUUUGAACGAGCGCCAACCUGCAAAAAUAAACCAAACAUUCUUUAUGCUUGGGGUAGAGACGCCCCUGAACUGCACCUUCCUGAAGGUGUUGGAUUCAAGGUUGGUGGUGAAUCAGAUAUUAGGUAUUUGGUCCUUCAAGUUCACUACAUGAAAAAAUUGGGACCUGAUUAUUCUGGAGUCGCGAUUGAAUCAACUGUUGAGCCAAUGGAGAAAACCGCCUCCACUUUGCUUAUGGUCACUGGUGGUGUUCUUCCUGCAAACAAGAAAGAAACUUUUGAAACGGCGUGCAUCGUUGAUGAGGAUGUCGAAAUGCAUCCGUUUGCCUUUCGUACUCAUACGCAUCGUCAUGGAACUUCGGUGGCUGCAUGGGUAGUACGUGAACAACCAGAUGGAACUGAUAAAUGGCAAUUAAUUGGUGAGAGGAAUCCUCUGCUUCCACAAAUGUUUGCGCCAGCCAAUAACACUAAUAUUGUGAUCCGUCAAGGCGAUAUGAUAGCAUCACGUUGUGUGAUGGUCAAUAAAGAAAAUAAAGCGUUCAUAAUGGGGAAUACUGGCGAAGAUGAGAUGUGCAACUAUUACCUGAUGUACUGGGUCUACGGUGAUAAUGUGCUUAAAGAUAACACGUGUUAUUCACCCGGAGCACCGGAAUAUCAUUGGGCAACAGAAGCUGGACUCAACAACUUACCCCCAGCAAAAUAA